CAAGGUGAUCCACUAGAAACACGGCUUCUUUACAUUAUCUCUGCAUUUAAAAAUCUGCAGCAUUCAUUAGUCUCCUUGCGAACUACCCAAAUAUCCUGAGUCUGGGCUGCACUGAGCAGAUAUCCAGUGAACUGCAAACUUCUGCGUGCAGAGAUACUAUGUUUUUCAGAGCACCUUUUUAAAAAGGGACCAAGUUUUAAUUCAACCUUGAGCAACACUAUUUUUCAUCAAGUUUUGUGGCUCUCUCACAGCCAAGUAAGAACCGAAGAGGCUGGCCAGAGCAACAUUCCAGAGUUUAAACUGCGCCUAUCCUAAACUGGCAGAUUAGAAUGGCCAUCCAGGACGAGGAUUUGAUAGAGCCGCUGCUGCGCUUGAGACGACAGUUUGAUCAGAAACCUCACGGGAUGCAGCAGGCACCUCCAGGGCUUCAAGGAGAGACCGCGUCCGUCGAAGAUGCAAGCACAGAGAAGAAAGAGAAGCGGCUUCCCAGAUUUAACAUACAUUCCGUUUUCUGGCUACUGGCGUCAAUCGCAGUCACGUAUUACGCUGAAUUUUUUAAAACUGUCAAAGAGGUUAUUCAGAUACAAAGUUGGUGGUUCAUACUUGGCAGUUGGCUGUUGCUGGCUAGUUUGUCUGUAGCUUUUUACUGCAUUAUAUACCUCGAGUGGUACUGUGGGAUUGAUGACUACGACACUGCCUAUCCGGCCCUGAUCCCCAUCACAACAGCCGCUUUCAUUGCAGCUGCUGUUUGCUUCAAUGUUGCCUUAUGGCCCGUGUGGUCUUUCCUCACCCCUUUGGUGCUCUUCACCCAAUUCAUGGGUAUCGUAAUGCUAAUCUCCCUCCUGGGAUGAGUCCAAAAACCAGAGAAGCUGCAAGUGAAAACAGGAUUCCAUCUGAUUUCUUCCCCCCACCCUCUUAAGAUAAUCUGAUUAAGAUCAAUAACUAAUCUAACCAAAAUGGGGCUACUAACAGGUGUCAAGAUUUGGCUGCAUUAAACAUCACAUCGCCAAAGGGAAUUGUCUUUACUUAUUAUUUCAUAGAAUCUUUGUCAAACAUGUUUUAAAUGCUUCCAAGUCAACUUUGAAGACUCAUCUUGAAACCAGAUUAUUGCAGAUUUCUCAUCCACCUUUCCUCACUCUGAAGAAAAGGAAGCUUGCCUACCAGUCUCAGAAUUAUAUAUAAUCUAUUUCUCUCUUCAUGAUUAAAGAUAAAUUAUUUUCUAUUGC